UAUGAUUUACGAUCAACCAGAACAUUUUGGUCUAUUCGAAAAAACAGUCACUGCUAAAGAGAAAGAAGAAGUCAAAUAAUUUUUGAAAUACGAUAGACAUGUUCCUUUAAAAUUGACUGAGUAAGUUUUUCAUGCAGAAGCGUAUUUAUUUUAUUCUCUACAAUUAGAGAUGCAUCAAGAUUUGAAAGAUUAGGAUAAGUUGGAGGUGCAGUGUAUUCAUUCUCAUUCUUUUUCUUUCCUAUUAUAAAAGGUUUACCAAUCAAAUAGAGAUUGUUUUGGGCUGCUGUUCCUGGAGGUAUUGUUGCAUGGUUAGGAUGGAGAAUUAAAGAAGAAUUAGAAUGGAAUAGAGUUUAUAAUUGCUAUUAGAAAUAUUAAGUAGCUCAUUCUAUGCAUAAGAAAGUGUUUAUCUGAG